AUGGCAACCAAUCUCUUCGCAACUUAUGGAACGAUCGAAUUCUUACAACGAUCCAAUCACCCGACGUUCAUAAACAUUGUUGCUCGUGAACAUUCAAGCCUUCUUGCUGUACCAAUAACCGGAACUUGUAAAAACUUUGAAAAGCUUACCAACAAGAGCAAAAACCGAUUUUUGGAUACCCCAUGUUGGGACAGCAGCCGUGUAGUUCUGCAUGACACCAAAGACGGUUCAGAUUACAUAAACGCCAAUUACGUAAGUGGUUUUAACCUAUCGAAAAAAUUUAUAGCGACCGAGCAUCCGAUGGAAAGCACCUUGAACAAUUUCUGGACCAUGGUUUGGGAGCAGGAGGUCCGUGUUAUUGUAAUGCUGGGUGCCAUGGAAGAGUCACAUCCAAACAAUACCUACUACUUUCCUUAUAAUCAAGAUAACACAAUCUUCAGUGACUUCAUAGUCUGGGAGGAAAAGAAGAUCAAUUCAAAACACUACUACAUCGAAACACUACUGAGUAUUACUCACAAAGAGACUGGAGAGUCUAGGGCCGUACAUCACUUCAAAUAUUUGGAUUGGCCCGAAAACAAUAUUCCCAAAGUGGACAAUUUUCUUGAGUUCUUGCUGUUAGUAAAUAAUAAGUAUCAUGAUUUUUUUAACCCCCUUCAACUAGGUUCUAUUGUUGUUCAUGGAAAUGCAGGAAUCGGAAGAACUGCCACGUUUUGCGCCGUAGAUACCUGUCUACAUCAACUAGUAUAUACGGCGACUAUAUCAAUACCAUCAGUAGUGCUGAAGAUAAGACAGCAGAGAAAUUCUAGCAUCCCAGCUUUAAUCCAGUACAUUUUUAUAAACCGUGUCUUGUACUACUUUAUGGUUGACAUUCGAUCAAACUUUACGGCAUUUUUGCAAAUUGAUUCCCAAAUCGUACCCAAUGAUGUGGAUUUAUUAACUCAUUCGUUACAAAAGUUGGUACUUCCGAUAAAUCUAAUGAACCUAGAUAUUAAAGAAACCUAG